CCUUUCCAACGGUUCCCUAUGAGAGUGUCGCCACUCUGUUCUCUCUACCGCUCUGGCUGAGAGCGGCUGGGCUUUUUGUUCAGUAGCGGGCUGAGCGCAGAAGAGCCGGAGGAGCUGCUUCCAAUUCAUGCACUUACAGUGAGGAAAAUGAUCAUCUGUGCCAAAACCAUGGAGUAUCGCUUAGGAAGUCAGUGCCAGCGGGUCCGCAAUCAGGUGAAGGUGAGCUCUGAAAAGGAUCGCUCCUCUCCAUUGUGCGUGAAGACUCUGGCCAGCAGAGGGCGGUUAGAUACAGUAUCACAGCAAAUGGCCUCCCACCCUCAGUAUUUAGAAAGCUUCCUGCGGACACAGCACUACAUCCUGAACAUGGACGGUCCACUGCCCCAUCCGUACCGCCACUACAUAGCCAUCAUGGCUGCAGCACGACAUCACUGCAGCUACCUGGUGUCUCUACACUCUGCUCAGUUCCUGCGGGUAGGAGGAGACCCGCUGUGGCUGCAGGGACUGGAAGCAGCGCCGCCUCGCCUCCAGCAGCUCGACCAGAUAAACAAAGUGCUUGCUCACCAGCCCUGGCUCACUUCACACUCCCACAUUCAGGCGUUGUUGAAGCCGGGUGAGCAGUGCUGGUCUCUGGCUGAGUUGGUACAGGCUGUGGUGUUGCUGGCACACUGCCAUGCUCUCUGCAGUUUUGUCUUUGGCUCAGAACAGGAUACAAAUCCCGGCCCCAGAGUGCCACACGGAACACCCCCUGGCUACUGUCUCUGCGAUGCCGCCAACGGAAAUGCCACCUUCCCACCCCGCAGGAGGUCUUUAGACUCAAGUUGUGACCUGGCCUGCCUCCGAGAAGGAAUCCAGAAAUCACAAGAGGAGAAAGGAAAGAAAGGAGACCCAGAUGCUGAGGAUGAGGAGGAAGAGGAGACGAUAUGCUCCACAGACCCCUCCCACUUUGUCAAAGACCCUGAUUUCGGCUAUCAAGAAUUUGCCCGACGUGAGGAAGAUCAUUUUCAAGUAUUACGGGUGCAGGACUACUCCUGGGAGGAUCAUGGCUUCUCCUUAGUGAAUCGGCUCUACUCGGACAUCGGGCACCUGCUGGACGAACGGUUCCGCAGUGUGGCGUCGCUCCCUUCCCCACGUGAUCCUGACCUUAAGAGAGCCAUCUGGAACUAUAUCCAUUGCAUAUAUGGCAUUAGGUAUGAUGAUUAUGAUUAUGGAGAGGUAAACCAGCUGCUGGAGCACGGACUAAAGCUUUAUAUUAAAGCGGUGGCCUGCUAUCCGGACUCUACCAAGAACCUUAUGUGCCCUCUGCCCUGGGUUCCUCUUAAAGUCUCAGAAAGGGUCCAUGUGAAUGUGCUGGUGAUGGAGGCUCGGCUGCAGGCUGAACUGCUCUACGCUCUCAGAGCUAUCACUCAGUACAUGAUCGUCUAGAACCAGCGCACGCACAUGGAGAGCGCAAACAGUUGCACAGUCACUCGUGGUACAAAAAAGACCUAAUCCAAGGCACUGGUGAGAGAACAUGGUUGAUGAGGGGAGCCAAAUGGACCGGUGAAGAGCAAUAGCUCUUCUCAUCCAUCUCUCUUUCCUUUUCCAGGGUUACUAAGUGUGACCUAAGGUACUGCUGUGAAAGGUCUUCAGGGUGAAACCUGAAGCUGGAAAACAAUCGUUCUUUUCCUUUUUUCACUUUGCAUGUUACUUAUCGUUACUUUUGACGAACCUAUUAACUUUUCUGUGUGUGUGUGUGUUUUUUUUUCUACUUUUUCUGUUCGAGUAGCCUCAUCCUAGAUGGUAAAUGUGCAAUUAUCAAUUAUAUUUUUUUUUAUUGUUGUUGUUUUGGCUGUUGCUUCUAAUUCAACUGAUGGUUGAGAAUGGAGUAGAGUAUCAGUUUCAUUUCUAGAGUGUUGACUCGUUACACUUGGACAAAAUGAAUGACUUGACUUGUCUUAAAGUCAGAGCUGAUGUUUACUAAAGCUGAGUGAACAGCCAAGUGUUGAGACUUGCUCAACAUGGUUUCCUUAUGAUUCAUUUGGAUGUAUGCACAGAACAAAACACAGCAAACCGGAUAGAAAAAUGUUUUGUGGCUAUAAUAUUUUAAUAGCAUUUUUAAUAAAAAAAACGUCUA